AAAAAUUUCAUAAGAAUCCCCGAAAUCCUCGUAGCGUGUCGAAAAUAAUAUAAAGAUUCUUACAACAACAACAACAAACCCCAAUUAUAAAUUCAAUGACUUUACAUACAAGACCCUUCAUCUGAUCAACAAGAUUACCCCCCAAACCCUUUUAGCAUCGUGCAUGCAUGCUUUCUCUCUCUUGUUCGUUUUUCAACACCACUUCAAUCUAUCGUCAAACCGCCGUCCGCCGCCGUCAACUGCCGUCAUCAACUAGGGGUUUGAUUAGAGAGAUUUGGGGGUGAAAUGUCGUUGUUGCCGGUGAAGAUUUGCAUGAAUGAAUUGUGUGGGGCUACGACUACUGCUCAAUGGAAGAGAGGGUGGCCCAUGAAAGUCGGUGGUGUUGCUACACUCUGUUAUGCUUGUGGAACUGAAUAUGAUCGUGUACGCUACUGUGAACGAUUCCACCUCAAUGAACCGGGUUGGAGAGAAUGCAAAUAUUGUGAUAAGCCUGUUCAUUGUGGAUGUGUUGUUUCGAAAUAUCUUCAUGAAUGCCUUGAUUCCGGUGGAAUAUCAUGUAUAAAUUGCAUAAGAGCCCAAUCCUUUAAACAGCCGAUUAACGAGAUUCCAAAUGGCUUCUCUCGGUUUGCCGGCAGUUGGCUUCCCUCCAUAUUUACCAACCGAACAAAUAACAUCACACCAUUAACCGACGGGUUAGAGAAACAUCAAUUCACAUCUUUAAAUUCUUCUAAAGAUAUUGGCUCUAGUUUCAAAAGCUCGUCACCAUUAUCCACAAUCUUUUCAAACCAAUUACCUUUAUCUACGGAACCCAAUAACAACAAACCGAAUUCAGGGUCAAACUCGCUUUUUGAACCACCGGCCCAACUAUCUUUGGGCUUUUCCAUACUCCCAACGUCUAAUGGCGUUGCAGAAGAAAACAUUCCUUCAUUUAAAAAAGAGCAAAAGUCACACCAGGUGGUUCCGAAGCAGUUGAAAAUACGGUCAAAGUCAAACAAAGGGAUGUCGUUUGGACCGGAUAACCGAGUUGGCAGGCCGCCAGGUGAAGGCCGAGGCCGCACUCAAUUGCUUCCAAGAUAUUGGCCGAAGAUGACUGACCAAGAAUUGUCGCAAAUACAUGGAGACUUAAACUCCAAUUGCACUAUUACUCCGCUAUUUGAGAAGAUUCUGAGUGCAAGUGAUGCAGGUCGAAUCGGUCGUUUAGUCCUGCCAAAAGCAUGCGCCGAAGCAUAUUUCCCACCCAUUAAUCAAUCCGAAGGUGUACCACUAAAGAUCCGGGAUAUAAAAGGGAAAGAAUGGACGUUUCAGUUCAGAUUUUGGCCCAACAACAACAGCCGCAUGUAUGUUCUAGAAGGCGUCACCCCGUGCAUACAGAACAUGCAGCUGCAAGCUGGCGACACAGUGAUAUUUAGUCGAUUAGAUCCAGAAGAUAAACUUGUAAUAGGGUGUCGAAAGGCAACGGUUCUCGCAGACGCACCUGCGCUUCCUAACCCCGUUAAUGGUGGAGUUCUUACAUGUACCGACAAUGGAAACUUACCGACAAAUACGACACAAGAAGGCACCAGUAACUGGGAUUCAGUGCAGUCAUCUGAGAAAAAAAAGACGCGAACUAUCGGGUCGAAAAGCAAGAGGCUUCACAUGCACAGUGAAGAUGCGUUGGAGCUCAAGUUUACGUGGGAAGAAGCACAAGAAUAUCUCCGCCCGCCUAUUUCGAAACCGACUGUUGUCACGAUCGAGAAUUGUGAAUUGGAAGAAUACGAUGAACCGCCAGUUUUUGGUAAGAAGACCAUGUUCACAACUAAUGCAGCCCAGUUACAAGAACAAUGGGUUCAAUGCGACAGUUGCUCCAAAUGGCGGAAGUUACCUUCAGAUGUUCUCGUUCCUUCCAAAUGGACAUGCUCUGAUAAUGUUUCGGAUCCAAACAGGUGUUCGUGUUCGCAUCCCGAGGAGAAAGGCGUGAAGCAUUUGUACAGGGUCUUGAAAUUCAGCAAGGAAUCUAAGAAACAAAAGCUCGAAGAAAAUACGGAGACCAAACAAGUAGGGCCCACGGGCUUGGAUGCGUUAGCCACAAUGGCAGUAUUAGGAGAAAACGGUAGUGAACAUAACGAAUCGUUAGCGGGCCCCACCACAAGACACCCUCGUCACCGGCCAGGCUGCAGUUGCAUCGUCUGCAUUCAACCACCAAGCGGAAAAGGAAAACACAAACCGAAUUGCAUUUGCAACGUGUGCGCGACAGUCAGGCGUCGGUUCAAAACGUUAAUGCUACGCAAGAAAAAACGGCUGGCUGAACAAGAAAUCGCAAAGUCGGGUAGUGAAAUGGUUCAGAAAGCACCUGUUCCGGCUAUCAACCGGACUGGAUCCAGCGGUGGGCUUGGAUUUGGGCCUGGACCAGGAAUGAUGGUUGAGAGUAGUAACAACAAAGGUCAAGAAUGGGAUCUGAAUCGUGACCCGAUGGAAGAACAGAUGAUGCUACCUGAAGCUGCUAGUAUCCAUCCAGAAUGGCAGAACGUGCUUGCACGACUUGUACCCAAAGGUACAAGUGAUGUUAAAGACGGACCUGCGCAUGCAAACAACAAAGUGGUUGGAGGUAGUUGAUCCCGUUUUAGUUCCCUAUAGUUGUAGAGAUUUAAUGAAAGUAGGAUUUAUCGGCUUUUGUUCUUAGUUAUUUUGCUCAUAUAGUAUGUGUAAGAUCGCCAAUGUAUGGCUCGAUUGCGUGGUGUCCUUUACAAUAUGAAGUUAUACAUAUUUACAGUUUUCAUGUGUUUGGUAUGUAAUUUUUUUUUCUGGCCGUAAA